AUGAGCUACUGGGAAGGCGUUAGCAGGGGCUGCGCAACUGGUUUUAGCAUUUACCGUCCCACUAUCAAACUUCCCCUAGAUGAACUUUUAGGUGAGGAGUACGACGGCAAAGACGACCAAAUGGCUGACGCCCCCAUCGAGCAACUAGAUGAUAUGAAGGAGGAUGGCAACGGCAACAGUAAUAAUGUCCCCACCCAACCUGAGGGCGAGUCCCUCCUUGGCGGGUCUGCUUCUGCUGAACAAGAUGUUCUCAUGAGCGAUUCUCAUCAGCAGCAGCAACCACAGCCAUCUACUCCUGAUCUGUUCCCAGUCCCGCAACCUAGUGGUUAUGCUGCACUCGAAACAACUCAGCCAAAUCAUGGAAAAUCCAGGGUUCCUGAUGUUGCAGAGGCACAACAAUGUGACACAAUUUCAAUUUUGGGAGGGGGAGGGGGAGCACAAAUAAUAUUUGUGCAGAUUCAGCAGCAUAUAGUUCUGGUGUUGUGCAUCACUGCAAUUUAG